CGUGGAUUCUGCAAGCGGAGCCCAGAAGCGCGUGGCACGUAAACAAGCUCCUCCUCCACCACCGCCACAUGAAAAAGCCGGCAUGGCUCUAAAAUCUGGCCAUCAGGAUAGCAGUGCCAUUCUUCAUGAUGAUCCUGAGAGCACCGUGUCCCAUUCUCAGGCAGCCCCUACAUUUGUGUCAGUCAUUUUGCCGGAAUCUCCCAUUGAUCAGUUUAAAGUUACUGGUGCUUCUGAAAAGGACAGACAGAGAUUAGGAGGCGGAUACGCAGAUCGACCCGCUGUACCUCCACCACACAGACCAGAACAAGGCCCUGAUAGGCCCCGGCCUCCAUCAACAUUAAACCCCCCAGUGCCUGUCCGGGGUCACCAGAGAUCCGCCUCAACUGGGGCUCUGAUCAACAAAUCAUUAGGAAGUUUAGACGGCAGUUCAGUUGCUGGAGUCCCCAAUGCAGGUAGUUUGUCUUCUUUUGAUAAUCCUGAUGGCAGUUGGGAUUUUAGAGGAAGUCAUGGGUCUGUUUCCCAAAUCUAUGCUGUAGAUUCUCUGGUUGUAGUACCCCCUGAUACAUCUUAUAAUACAGCCUAUCAUUUUAGCAUGCAUCCCAGAUCUACAUCUCCUCAGCCUCCGUCUCCAGGGCAGUCACAAUAUACAAAACUGUGA